CUCAGGCAAGGGGGAACCCAGAGAAAAUUAGCAAGUGAGCCAGACAGAGCGGCAGAGGGACAUGAGACAAGCAGAUAGAUAGAUGCAGCUAUAAGGAGACAGAGGCAGGGAUAGCUGGGGCAGCCACUAUGCAAGAGGCUCACUUAUAGACCAGGACCAGGAGAUAAGAAAGAAUACAGUUUCAUAGCAACUGCAUCAUCAGGAGUUUUGAACUCUGACAGUUUUUACUGCAGGCUUCAGUGGAUACUGUCCAUAUCAUACAAAAUACCCCCCUACAUGGCGGAAAGGGCUGGCAGAUCAGAGGACUUGAAGCGGGCAUCCAAAGCAAGAAUCUGCGCAGACACAUCUUCACUUCCUCGUACCCUGGGUGAGUUGCAGCUGUAUCGUGUCCUGCAGAGAGCCAACUUACUGGGCUACUAUGACACCUUCAUCCAGCAGGGUGGCGAUGAUGUGCAACAGCUAUGUGAAGCAGGAGAAGAUGAGUUCUUGGAGAUCAUGUCUUUGGUUGGCAUGGCAACAAAGCCUCUCCAUGUUCGAAGAUUACAGAAAGCCUUAAGAGACUGGGCUACUAAUCCAGGACUGUUUAACCAGCCACCUUUGGGAAAUGUCCCUCUGAGCACCAGCAUACCUUUAUUCAAGAUAUCUGAAACCACGGGGAGGGUUGGGAGACAAUGUAAUGGAGUCAUUGGUCAUUCUGAAAGCCUAAACAAGACCAUUGCAAGUUUUGGUGUUCCAGAGCAGUUGGAGCAGCAUGAGAAGAGAUCACCUAUAGAACUGGACUGCAGAACUUGGACAGUGCAGGUUUCUCCAGAUCAAAAUGAAGCAGAUGACGAUGAUGUGGAUGAUGAUGAUGAUGGGAGAGGAAUGCAGUAUGGCACAGGAGGUGAAAGGUUAGACCCUGACAUGGUACAGGUGAUAUCUGACAGUGUGGAGAGGCUGAUGAAAGGCUUGCCUCGUGGUGAUAUAGCUGAGGCACGAUCCAUGCUUAAAAUAAAUAAAAAACUGGGGCGGUCAUUGGGCCAUAUCUUUCACAUGGCGGAUGGAGGGCCCAGGAAGGAGAGGGAGAUUAGAAGGCACAGUGCUAUAUAUGGAAGGAGUGACUCCAAGAGACGUGAAGGAAAGAGACUCACACUGCAUGAGCUGACAAUAAAUGAAGCAGCCGCUCAGUGCUGUAUAAGGGAUAAUACCUUGCUCCUGCGGAGGGUGGAGUUAUUCUCUCUUGCCAGGCAGGCUGCUCGGGAGAGCUCUUACUUAGCAUCUUUGAAAUGCUCCAGGUUAACUCCUGAGGAAAUGGGUGCACCACAAGCAAAACAGCUUAAGCAAGAGGUUGUGGAGGUGUCAUUGCAAGGGGAAACAGAGGGGGUAAAUACAUUGGUGCGGCAUAGCUUGGAAGAAGACAGUGGCAGCAUUUCAGGGGAAAGCAUGGAUGGUCAUUUGCAAGCUGUGACAGUAAGAAUACCAUCAUCACCUGGAGUUCCCCCUACAGACCUAUCAAUUGCUCUCCCACACCCAUCUCCAUGGAGUAGACAGCUACUGCAACAGACACUAAUGGAUGAAGGGUUACGACUGGCCAGACUGGUGUCACGUGACAGGUUGGGCCGCAUCAGCCUGUGUGUGCCUGGGACGCCUCAUAUCUCAGAGUGUGAGAAUGGUGGAUCGGAAAGCUGUUCAAGUCUGCCAGUUUCUCCACAGAUCACGGACCUCCGAAAUGGGAGCUGCAAGGAGCAAGAGUAAGACGAAGGCAUAGCGGUCUAAAGUCCAUUCAAGGCUAAUAAUUACCUUUGUUCACCCAUCCAAAGCCAUUGAGGACACUGAGCCAUCACAAAAUGAAGUGUAACCACUAUCUAUAGGCAACUACUAUUCAUAGUGUCCUAGGUAUAUAUAGCAUUUUCGGUCAUGGC